UGCUAAGCCAGUGGAUCAGUCAGGUGGCUCCUUUAGAGGGUUGGACUCACCGAUCCACAUGUUAAUGGGCUGGCAAGGUUUGUGCGUGUGUGUGUGUGCCUGCGUGUACAUAUAGAGGGGGCCACUCCGGCAGAGAACACAGUGCAAGGCUCGAACAUCAGACGGAACAGUGCAACCCAGGCAUCCCACCCGGGCAGGUUUUUGAGAGCUGACACCAUGAGGAUCCUCCUUUGGAACAUCUUGUCAUUCUGCCUGCUUGCUUACGCCACCAGCGACUGCCGGAGAGAUUGUCUGAACUGCCACAGACAUUUGUACAGCCACCAGCAAGAUGACUUCAGUCUUCUGAUCUGCGUCAUGGAGUGCGAAGGGAAGCUGCUCUCCAGCGCCACCUGGGGGCUGUGCAGCAAAGCCACCGGCGGCAAAGCUCCUUUGCCCCUCGACCUCGACAGCCUGGAAGACGAUGCCAGCCAGCCCUUGGAGAUGUGGGACGGCAGCCUGCGGCCAAGCAGAGGCGGCCUGAAACGUCUCGGCAGCCUGGCCCGGGCGGCGGACCUCGACAAGGCCGGGGGCGAGAAGGGGGUGUCCAAGACGAGCGGCCUCUUCCGGCAAGCGGAAGGUGGAGAUGGCGACGGGGUCCAAGCUCUGCUGAGGGACUUGCCAGCCCAGCUCGACAUACCGAAAGGGGUGAGCGGCUUCCUGAGCAGGCCGUUCGGUUAUGAGCCAGUAGGGGAGGCCGGAGUCCAGGAGCUCCAGAAGCGGUUCGGGGGCUUCAUUGGGGUCCGGAAGUCUGCUCGGAAGUGGCACAACCAGAAGCGGUUCAGCGAGUUCCUGAAGCAGUACUUGGGGAUGUCUCCGCGAUCCGUCGAGUACGAUGGCCUAGCUGACGACCCGAAAGAGCAGAACGAGAUCUAGGCAGGUGGAUGGACUCCCCCCCUUCGCGGCGUUCCCGUUUUUUUUCUCGUACCGCCAACUUAUAGUGAAUUGGUUCAGGUCUGCCGAAGCCUAAGGAGUCAACCCCGUAGCUUCCGAUUUAGUCCCUUUCCGUUCUCGUUCUAUUUAUCGUUGUUCCCACGUUUGCAGUCCCAGACCGGGAGUUGAGGCUGCUUGCAAAUGAAAAUAUGAAGCGUGGAUAGAAUGCGAAGAGCUAAAAAGAUAUGAGAGAUAAGCAGUUGAGCUCUAACAGAAUUAAAAGACUGUGAAAAGAUAAGAUGAUGGAAACAGCCAAGUGCUAUUAGCAGCCCUUCUUCGAACAAACAAUUCCCAAAGGCCUGUUGGAAUGAAACGGUCUUCACCUGCAGGUGGAAGAGCAGGGAGAAGGGAGCCUGUCUAGCCUCACUAUGGAUGGAGUUCCAAAGUUGCCCAGGAAGAGGAGCCACCACCGAGAAGGCCCUGUCCUACGUCCCCACAAAGCACGCCAGUGAGGGUGGCAGGACCAAGAGAAAGGCCUCCCCUGAAGAUCUCAGAGACUGGGCAUGUUCAUAUGUGGGAAUAUGGUCUGUCAGGUUGCCUGGACCUAAGCCAUGUAGGGCUUUAUAUUGAUUUAUUGAUUUGUUGAUUUGUUGAUUUGUUGAUUGAUUGAUUGAUUGAUUGUACUCCAGAUGUUUUUGGUUUAUGAGUCCCAUCACCCCCAGCCAGCACUGUUAGAGGUGACCCAAGACACCCCUUCCACAUCUGUAAGCAAUCUAUAUUUUAGUGUGUUGGCACCUACACCUUUGGAACUCCCUGCCAAUUGAGAUCAAACAGGCGCCUUCAAAGUACUCUUUUCAGUAUCUGCUAAAAACAUUUUUGUUGAGCCAAGCCUGCCAGUUAUCUAAAAUGCUGUUUUAAGAAGAAGA